AUGGCUAACAGUAGCAACAUAAAAUCCACCAAACUUAAAGAAAUUCAUCUCUCAUCCGGUGACGAUGAAGUAUUUCAUCCUGCUCCACUUCCAAUUGAUGAUGAUGGAUUCAUUGUUGCUUUUGAUGUUGAACAACAAGAUGAAAUUUUGACAUUUUUCGAAAAAUAUGGAGUAGUCGUUGUGGCAAAUGUUUUAACUGAGCAAGAAUGCGAACGUAGUGUUGAUGAUGUAUGGAAAUUCUUACAAGAAAUGUUUAAUCAAAAUAUUGAUCGUGAUAAAUCAGAAACAUGGAAUUCAAACUGGCCGAUGUUUUCACACAUGGGUAUAUUGGGUAAUGAACGUUGGUUAUAUCCUCAAGCGUGUGAGAAUCGACAAAAUCCAAAUAUUUAUAAAGUAUUUUGUACAUUGUUUGGUGAUUCUGAAUUGAUAACUAAUGUUACUCGAGCUGGUUUAAUGCGACCGACAAAAGAUGUUUAUUUUCCGUCUCUCAAUACGACUGAAGAUCGAGAAAAUUGGAAGACACUAUCGGAUUGGUUGCACUUAGAUAUGAAUCCAUUGACAGGUCGAUCAACAACCUACGGAUUUGAACAUGUAGCUGAAGGUCAUUUUGAACCAAGCAAUAAUCCACUUUCAGCACAGAAUAAGCCAACAAAUAAUGGUAUGCGUGUAAGAAAAUUGCAAGCUAUAUUAGCGUUAGUCGAUUGUCGUGAACAAGACGGUGGGUUUCAUGCAGUGCCUGGUUUUCAACAUUACAUUGUCACAUGGACCAAACAAAAUCAAAAGCUCUGUUUACACUCCAAUCAAAGUAGAGAUCCAACAACUGUUCAAAUUCCUAGAGAUGAUCCUAUUCGAGAACAUAUUCAACGUAUGCCAAUAAGGAAAGGAAGUUUACUUGUUUGGGAUACUCGUUUACCACAUGGAAACUAUCCAAAUAAUUCCAAUCAAAUGCGAAUCAUUCAAUAUUUACAUAUGGCACCGAUUGCCGACGAAGCUUUACGUCCGUUUCCAUUGUCAAAGGAGGAUUUACCUGACAACUUUCAACUGACUGAAUUAGGUGAAAAGUUGUAUGGUUUUAAAUCAUGGGAGUCGGACAAGGCAAAGUGUAGAUUUCAGGAGGAGAGAAAUCCUGAAAUUUUAGAUCAAGCAACCUACGAACAACAAGUCAGGGACUUGAUGAAAACUAAGUGUCAAACAAACAAAAAUAAUUAG